AUGAAAGCAAACAAACUUCAAAGAAUAUCAAAUAGAAUCAAAAAGAAAGCUAUUUAAGCUUUGCUUUACAUCUCAGAAGAUGAAUUUGAUAUCACAAAAAGCUCUUUUUUCAAUUGUUUAAAGAUUAUAGUGUAUUUUUUAUAGUUGGAGGGAUAUGUUUUUAGUUAAUAUGAAUCAAAACCCUUAACAUUAAAAGAAAACAUUUACUUUUCUAAUUAUACUCAAUUAUCUGCUUUUACUUUUAUUCUUUUUUAAAUAGGGAAUGAUUUCUUAACAUAAUUAUUUUUUUACGUAAUAUUUUUCUUGCAUUUAAUUAUAUACUUGUUACUUGCAAUAUUAUCAUUAGAUAAAUAAAUUGAGAAAUCUGGCAUAACAAAAAAGAUGCUACAUUUAUUUUUUACAAAUUAUUAAUGGAUUUUUGUUACACCAUUUUAAGAAAUUAGUAUUGGUGUAAUGGUUUGUGGUGAUAAUGCUUUUAUUAAAUAAAACUAAUAUUCUCAAGAUUGUUAAUAAACUAAAAAUCAAUUUUUAUAUAUAUUUGGAUCAAUAUCAACAAUCUUUGUAUUUAUUUCAGGAUUUUCAAUUUCAUAUUUUUUUAGAAAUUAUUAAUUCAAUGAUAAGACUUUUUCAAGAUAAUUUAAUUAUGCAACAAUUCUUAGAAUAUUGCUUCAUUAAAUUGUAAUAAUAUUGUAUUAUAUUGAUAUAAAUGGUAUUGAUUUUAUAAAACAUGCAGUUUCAUAAACUAUUGGAUUAACAUUAAUUUUGGAUAUUAUUUUUAAUUAGCCAUUUGGAUAUUCAUUUGAUUCUAAAUUUUAUAGUGCAGCCACUUUAAAUCAUUAAUGUCUUUUAAUAUUGUCCACAAUUUGGAUUUUCAAAUCUAAAUAAAAUGAUGAGUUUAUAUUUUUAGCUUUCUUAAUGUUUAUUCCAGUAAUAAUAAAUUUUAUAUUUAGAUAAAUACAUUUGUAUCUAAUCAAUUUUUAAGAUUGAAAUAAUUGAAAAUUUAUAAUACAUUUAAUCCUUUUGCAUUUUAAAACAAAUUUGAUAAAUAAUUAGAGGAAAUAUAUAGAGUGGCAGAAUCAAGUGAAAACAAUGUAGAAUCCAAAUUAUUAUUGUAUUUAAUAUUCAAUAAUCAUAUUACUAUUUGUCAAGAUAUUGAAUGUCUAUGUAUGCGAGACAUACAAUCAUUCUUCAUUAACAAUUCUAUAAAUAGUAACAAGCUCAAUUAAUGGACAACUAUUUUAUUUUAAAAGUAAUUGAACUUUGCUUUAAUUAAUAAAGAUUUUGACUUUUAUGAACAUCUUUCAUUGAAAUUUGUUACAUUUCUAGCUAAAUAUUAGAACAAUCCUAUAAAUGCUUAUUCAGUAUUGUAAAAGAUUAUGAAUAGUUAAAAGUCUUAAUCUUAAAUGUCAAAAAGUAGGAGACAAACAACAGUUUCGUUUUAUUUCAAAAACAUUUAAAAGAUUCUUUUGAGACGUAAUCGAAAAUAAUUCAUGAAUUAAUAAAUACAUUGUUCAAAGAAAGUUGAAUCUUUAUUAUAAGGAUAAGCAUAAAUAGAAAAUAUUGGUUAGUAAAUGUAAGAAGAAUUGUUAAAAUUAGCAAUGGAAAAAUAAAAAUUUUGGGAGAGUUAUUUAAAUAGUAAGAUAGCAUCAUUUUAGCUAUUAGAUUAAGCAUUAAAUAGAGUUCAAUAAAGGAUUAUUUAGACAACUUAUAUUAUUAAAUAAUUGAGGAAUAAAAUUUAACAUUUAAUUAAUUAAAAACAUGAUUGUGUUAGUAUUUUAAAUUUUGAAUUACUAUUUAAAAUAUGUACAACAAAUAAUGCUUAAGAAGUUUAUGAUAUUCAAUAAAAAAUCAAAUCAAUUUUACUUGCUGAUUAAUAUGAAGAUGAAUCAUAUUUGAAUAUACACUUUUAAACUAAGGAAUGUAUAUCUUUAAUAGCAAAUAUUUCAUAAAAUAAAAGAGGAGAACUUUGGAAACCUAAUCAAACUGUUUUAUAGAAAUUCUUUUAAAAAAAUUAAGAAAUUAAGCAUUUAAAUGAUAUAUUACCUAGUUUCAUAGCAGAUAUACAUAAUGGAAUCAUAGAAAAUUAUAUUAGAUAAGGUAGAAGUUCAAGGACUAAUGCAGUCACAUAAAUUUUUUCUAAUAUUGGUGAAGAAUACAUAGAACCAAUUUAAUUUACUCUUAAAUUUUUUUUCCCCAAAUUUGAAUCUGAUGAUGACUUUUAUAUGAUAGGAUUUCUAAGGAAGGAGGAGGAAAUUAGUGAAAGUAAUUAACAUGAAAAAAAAGUAUCAGGUUAUAUUUGUUUUGAUCAAAAUUUAAAUAUAUUAGGUAUUAAUUAAGUUGUAGCCUAAAAAUUAAAUCACAAAUUUUAACGUUUUAAUAAUUAUAACGGAUUAGAUAUUUGUUCUUUAUUACCUACAAUACUAUCUUCAUUAAUUGAUUAAUAUAAGUAGAUCUUAAAUGGGAAGAUAGAUAAUUUAAUUGAUAAUGAAAUGAUAAUUUAAAAAAAUUAAGAAGUAUUUUAUGUUCCAAAUGAAUUCUAAAAAAAUUAUUACAUAAAUCCAAAUGAUAGUUUAGUUGAUAAAAUUAAAAAAUUUGAAGAAAUUUAUGCUGAAAUACAAGAAGAAUAAUGUUAAUUUUUGAACAGUUAUCAUGUGGAUUAUCAAAUAUAUUCAAAAAGAUUAAAAUACUUUAAUGAAUGUACAAACAAUGUACAAUAUAAAGAAUUUUUAAUAUUACAAUUACAAUUCUUAGAAAAUCAUUUUUCUAAUGAGAAUAAUAAUAUAAAAGUUUAUUAAAAAAAUCAAAGUUAAUAAACUGAAAUAAAUGUCAAUAAUUUAGAUGGAAUCUUAGAAAUAGCAUCUAGUAGAUCUAAGUCAAGUACAAAAUCAGUGUUAUAAUAAAUAUAAAUAUUUCACAACCUUUUAUCAAACUUAACUAAAAGCAAACAUUAAUAAUUAUUCAAAAUCAUAAAUGUAUUUUUUUUAUUCUUUUUUAUUUUUAUAUUCAUCACAGUAAGUUUUACUUUCAAAGGUAAAAAUGUUAUAUUUAAUGAUUGUAAAAUUAAAUAAAUUUAAAUCAUAUAUGAAGUAGCAAUUUACUCUAGUUUGAUAAAUAGUAUAAAUAAUGAAGGAAUAGUUGAAAUAUCCAAACCUUAUUUUGAUAUUAAUGUUGAAGAUGUAAAUCUUAGUAUUUCUUAUUUGUAAUACUAAUAAAUUUUAUCAGAAUUAAUUGAUUACUCAUCUAAUAAUUUUUUUAGGAUUAUUUAAGAGACAGAUUUCAUUUUGGAUUUGCCUAAUAAUUUCACUAUGUAAUUAUUUUCUGAGUUUGGUUAAGGAAUAGAAUAUAAUAAAGUUGAAAAUGUUUUAACUUUCAGAUAAAUACUAUCUUCAAAUAUUUAAAAUUAUAAAUCAUUAAGAAAAAAAUAAGACUUAAGUACUAUUGUUUUGAAUUAUUUUAAUUAUUUAGAACAAUUAAAAGUAUCUACUUAAACAUGUUUAGAUGAUUCUAAAAUAGAAAUUAAUCAAUCAAUAUUAUUUGCAUAUAAAAUCCUAAUUUUUAUGUAUGUUUUAUUAAUUUUAAUUUAUUUGACACAGAUUUAUAUAGUAAAUAGAAUGAUAAAGAGACGUAAAUUUAUCCUAAAAUUAUUCAUAAGGACAGAUUAUAAAGAAGCUUUAUUGGAGAAUGAGAAAUUUUAAAUUUUGACUGCUUGGUUUAAUUAGACAAAAAAAGGUUGGAAUCAAAAGAGUAUGUCAAUUUUAUUGAAGUAACUAAAUUUGAAUGUUAAAACUUUAAAAGAUGAUGAUGAAAUUUUAAAUGGAUUGACAUCUUCAGAUAGGAGAUUGAAUGAGAAAGGUGAAAAGUUGCUUGAGAAUAGCGAAAAAUUAAAAAUGCAUUUUUCUCACAGAUAUCAAAAUUGUACUGGUUACAUUACUAUAUCUAUAUUGUUUUUGUUUACUUUAAUAUACAUUUUAACUUUCCAUAUUUAAAUAACUAAUAUAUCAGAUGAUCUACUAUAUUUUUCCUCAUUUAGUUUAUUGUUAUAAAAUUAUUAAAUUAACUACGUAGUUCAAUAUUUUCGAUGUCAAUAUUAUAUGAAUUAUUAAUUCUAUAAUUAUUUUGAAAAUAAAAUUAUGGUAGAAAUAUAUCGAUAAAAUAAUUUUACAGAAUAAAAUCUUGAGGAUGCUUUAAUACAAUUAAACAAGAAUGUAUUUAGUUCAAUUCUUACUAAUUUUGAUGAUGCAAUAAUGGAUAGAAUCUUAAAAUUGAGUGAAGAAGAAUAAGCUUAAUUUUUUGAAGGAAAAGUAUGUUAGAUUGAUGUAAAAAUUUGUGAUGAGAAUUCUAGAAAUGUGUUAUUGAAAGAAGAUUUAGAGAAUUAUUAUAAUAUAAGUUUAAAUCAGAUAUUUUUAUAACAAGGAUAAAUCUUUUAUUAGAAUAAUGAGAUGUACAAUAUGGAAGGAUUGAUAGGAGAUUAUGUUAAUAAUUUGUUGAUUUCUAAAGAGUAUUUUUUAAACAAUGUUUGGGGUUUUGACAUAAUUAUUAAUAGAGUUAGCAAUUGUAUUGUGUAUUUUUUAAGAAGGAUGAACAACACUCUUGAAGAUAGUGAGAGUAUAAUGUUUCUUUAUGCUCUAAUAAUUGGUUUAUUGUAUUUUAGUUUAAUGUUGAUGUUUAUACUAUUAUUUGGAUGGUACUUCAGCAAAUAAGAUCAGAAAUAGAAGUAGUGUUUAUUAUAGAUGCCAUUCUCAACUAUAUUAAAGAAGAAUAUCUAUUCCUCUCUGAAAUUUAUUGAUUGA